AUGCGGAAUCAAAUUUCUCAUGGUAAACACAUUGGUGAAUCUUUAAAUAAAAUAUUUAAUAAUAUUGAUUCUGAUCAAAUCAGUGAAUUAACAGCUGCAAUUCAAGAAUGCUUCGAUACCAAAGAUAGUGCUCGUACAAAGGCGUUUAACUUGAAAGCCAUGGAGGUUGCUAAAAACUUGCUAGACAAGUCAGUGGGAAGUAAACGAAGAGAUACAUUAGACAAAUUUCUCGAUGAUUAUUAUUACAAAAGAUUGGCAACACGUGAUAGGAUGGCAGAUAUCAAUAAACUUAAUGCGUUGAUUGUAGAAUAUAUGAAAGUGCUAUCAGAAGAUGAAGGUGUAAAAGGUGAGCAACUUGGUGCAGCAUUCGUGAUGAGUACAAAAGAAAAUCACAAAGAAUAUGUCAGACAGAUUAUCGAGUAUGCUCGCAAAUGUGCAAAGGGUGAACCUCUCAACAGACGAAAUCAAUUACGUGAUUUUCUUGAAGAUAAUGAUGAAGACUAA